AUGAUCUCAUUCUAUGAUCACCUUAUCACCAUGGGGGCCAUCACUCUCGUCCGGAGCCUUCUCUGCGUCUUUGGAAUCAUUGGAAAUGUGAUAACGAUAAAGGUCUUCCUUGACAUCGGCGUCAAAAACGGAGUGACUGCAUCCUUUUUAUUCCUGUCAUGCGCGGACCUCGCCUACCUUGUGUCCGUACUCGUCCACUCCGUGGCGUACGGGCUUCACCUGUAUGAAGAACAGACCAGUUACCGGACGUGGUUUGCCGUUAAACCGUUCGCCGUAUUUGUGUACUUUGCGAACGUCGCCAGCUGUCCGUACAUGGUGACCGUUCUGACCACCAUGUUUUUAUCGGUCGUCCGAUGCCUGGGUGUAUCCCAACCGCUUAGAUUCAGAUCAAGUAUCACGAGGACAAAUGCCUUGUGGGUACUGUUUGCAUUUUUAGUCCUAGCCGUGGGCAGCAGUGUUCCGUUGCUGGCGUUCAUGGGGAUAGUGACCCAGUUUGACGAGCGAAUCAACAUGUCGCGGCCCUCGUUGUGGGUCUCACCACUGAGGCAGUGGGUCAAGGACGUUACCUUUGUGGUCAGAGACGCCAUCUUGCCGCUCGUCACGGAGCUCGUGCUGUCUGUUUGUGUAGUCGUCAUGGCAACGUCUUUGCGUUCAGCAUCAAAAUUCCGCAGCCUUCACGCAUCAGAAUCGUCUAACAUUCCCGAACAAACUUCAUCAUAUGACCCUAAAAAUGAAACUAGGUCACGUUCCAGUCGAUUGAAAGUAGGAUCAACUCACCUCCGGGGUAGAGAUCUUCAAGUCGUCCAGCAGAUGUUGCUGUUAUCCGCAGCGUGCCUCAUCUGUCACACUCCCAAGAUCACUUACAACUGUGUGAAACUGUUUUUGCCAGACAUUUCCGAUGUUCUUCUGGCCAAUGGAAUCAGAGACUUCUUUCAGUCCAUCAACUGCAGUGUGACGUUCCUGAUCUACAACAAGUUUAAUUCAAAAUUUCACAAACGUGUCGCUUUUAAGGCAUUGGUUCAUACUUGA